GUGAGGCUGUGCGUGAGGCUGUGCGUGAGGCUGUGCGUAAUGCCGUGCGUGACGCGCAGAGAAUGUAGCGGCGAAAGAAACUCCAAUCACCUGUCAACAGGUAUCAACAGCCCUCCAUCGAGCGUGCGCGUCGCCCGGCCCUGUAUGAAUCUAACCCCCGGCGAGAGAAAGCGGAACGCUCUGCUGUGUGCAUAGUCGCCUCGGAGGACCCGUUCUGUUUUAUUUUAGUCAUUUGUUUUGCUAGGCUGGUAUUAUGGCCAAAAAAUCUUCAACCAAGAAGUCAUUGAAAGGUUUGUUCUCCAGGAGUGAAGCCCACCACAAGGAACCGGUGGAGAAAGAAGAGAAGAGCAAUGGAGGGGAGAAGAAAAAGUUCAAACUGUUUAAAUUCAGUCUUAAGUCCAGGAGUAACGCGGCUCUGGAUAAGACGGCGGAUGCCAGGUCCUCGGAGAGCUCGCUAUUCCCAGACGGCGAUGAGGUUUUCCUGGAGAGUCCGAGAUCCGCCAGCAAGAGUUCAACUUUGUACGCUACUGCACCGAGGUCAAAGGCCAAAGACCUGAGCCGCUCCGAUAUGGACCUGAACAAGCCCAAGAAGUCCGGAGCCUUCAGCUUCACCCUCCGCAAGAAGAAGCGGGACAAGGACCGGGAGGAGAUGUCCAAGAGCGUGAUCGGACUGCACGGCCCCUGGACCCAGGGGCGUGGCGAGCACCUGGACGUCAGCCAAUGGGAGCUGGCGUCACGGCAGGGGGCCUCGUUCGCCAUGUCUCAGCCGGAGCUGGACACGGCGGACACCUUCGACAUCCCGCCGCCGCCCCCGGUGGCCCCCAGCCUCCUGGCCCCCAGCCUCCUGGCCCCCAGCCUCAAGGCCCCCAGCCUCCAGGCCUCUCAGCGCUCCUCUUCGGCGGACUUCCUUAGCAGGAUGGACCCCCCCACCUUCCGCGACCCCCCGGCCUUCCGAAACGGCCCCACCCUCCACGACCGCCACGGCCGCCUGCGCUCCCUGGAGACCCUGCUGGACAGCCCCGACGCCUUCGACGUGGACGGGGGGCUGGGCGAGGUGCCCCUCGCCACCAUGCCCGAGCUGCUGCUGCUGACGGCGCCGUCCUCGCCGGCCCCCCCGGCCCCCUCCCAGCGGCGGCACGACCCCGGGAAGCACCAGGCCCAGCUCUCCCAGAACCCCGUUGCCGGCCCCCCCGCGAUCCCCGGGGGACCCACCGCCGAGACACAAGCAGCGGUGUGCUCCCCCCUCGCCUUCCCGCGGUCGAACCACCCUGUCCUCUCCCCGGUGGUCCUGAUCCAAAGUCACAAGAUCCACCCCGUCCUCCCCGUCGUCCGUCCCGCCGGCGGCUACUCGUCACAGGACUCCGCCCCCGCGCACGCAACGCCAGAGCUGCCUCCGACGGCCGGCCUCAAGAUGGACGCCGGCGCUAUCAAAGCCCUCCUCGACCGCUCUCGGAUGAACCCGGUCCAGGCGAGCUCCCCCCUGAUCCAAGGCGAGGGCUCGGUUCCAGUUCUCCCCGAGGGAUCCAGCGACCUCGUCGGCCCCUCGGGAGGCGACACCCCGCUGUCCGGCGAGACGUUCCAGUCGGUCUUCUCCCAGAGCUUCACCACCGAGGUGUUCUCCGCCAUGCUAAACACGGGCGAGCCCUCCGAUCGCGUCGUGGUGCAGGACCCUCCCCCCCAGCCGCCGUCUCCCCCUCCUGCCCGCCACCAGGAGCUGUUCGACCCACCGCCGUGCGUCCACGACGACGACAGGGGGUUCCCUAGAAGCCCCCCCGUCCCGGUGGGUGUUCCUGAGCACAGACCGCCUGUCGUCGACGUGGUGCGCGAUGCGGUGCCUGACGUCUCGGUCCCGUCGGCAAAACCGGCCUCCACGAUCGACCCGGUCUCCACGACAGAACCAGUCCCUACAACAGACCCGGUCUUAACGACAGACCCGGUCUUCACGACAGAAUCGGUCUCGAGGACCGAUCCGGGUCCCAACACAGACCAGGUCUCCACCACAGACCGGGUCAACGAAGCCUACCGCGCUCCGACCGACAGCAAUGACAGGGGUGCGACCUCCACGUACCAAGUCCCCCUUACGGAAACAGAGCACUACCAUCACAUCCUCGGUACCCUUCAGCACGAUUCCCUCCUCCCUGUGAGCCUCCAACCCCGGACGGAUCCCACGCCUCCCAGCCCUGAUCCCCGGCUGGAGAGGCCGUCCCACACGGAGACGACAACAACCUCCCCCACUGUCCAUUCAGACCCCGAGCCGGCCCGUCAGGACUCGGCGCUCUGCCCCGGUCGCCUCUCACCGUCGGAGGGGAGCGCUCUCUAUUCAGCCCUGAAACCCGAGGAGCUCGGCCCUGAUGCAAACACUGAGGCUCCAGUGUCUACGACGGAGCCACCCGCCCCGCCCCACAGUGAUCACCCAGGUUCCCCAGGGACGGCCGACACACACACACAGGUCUCCCUUGUCCCGAAACGACCAGAGUUUGUCACAGUCGGUCACGACGUCUUGACUGGUCCUGAACCCUCUCCUUCUCCGCCGCCUGAAACAAUGGCCGCCUUAAAUCAACAAGAGACAAUGGGGGAAGAGGAGGAGGAGGAGGAGGAGGAAGCAGCAGCAGCAGCAGAAGAAGAAGAAGAACAGGAGGCCUUCCCAGCGGGGGCCAGAGGGCAGCCGGACGUCUGCUCCCCCGAGCCGGUGCUCCUCAGCGUGGGGUCCGACGGCAGCAGCGCCAUGGACGUGUUCUUCAGCGCCGACGAGGACAACGCCACCGACGGCGAACUGGACGACGUGUCCACCCUGGGGGAGAGCGAGGACCCCGGCGCCACGAUGGAAGACGGCGGCGUCUGGUCCGCGAGGGAAGACCCGUUCGAAACCCCCCGGGUCUCCCCCGGUCCCGACGGCCCGCCGGGAAGAGUCGGCGCGUCGGGAGACGGGGCGGCGGCGCUCCCGAGCGACCGGAUUGAAACGUGGGGGAGACGCCUUGAGCGGGGGAACACAGAAGUGCAACGGCAGGAGGCGGCCAGGAGAGAGUCCCCUCCUCCUCCUCCUUCUCCUCCCGUCUACUCCCCUCCGCCUCCUCUCCCUGAAGGGGAGCAGCAGGGGAGGGGAGGGACCGGGGCCACGGAGACUUGGAGGAGGAGGAUAGACAUGUGGGGCGAGAGGUCGGAUGAACAGGGGGAGGUGGAGGCGAGGGCGGAGGCAGAGCCGCGCCCUGCCCUACCGGUCCGACAGGUGGAGACGCUGAUGGAAUGUGAGCCAGCCCUGCCCUUUUCUCAGGUGUGCAGCCAGGUGGAGGAGGAGGUGGAGGAGGUGGAGGAGGAGGAGGAGGAGGGGGUGGGAGGGGAAAACCUGAUGCCGCUCAUUCUCCCGGUAACAGGAGAGCCGCCUGAAACCCCCUCCCAGGUCCCAGAUCCCCUGGGGAGAGAGUACCUGCCGCACGGAAGCGCCUGCAGGGCAGAGGCGAACGCAGAACACCUCCAGCCAGACGCACGCACGUUCAUCGACGUCGGCGCAGCAGGCCUCGACACAAGCACCCCAGACCCUGCCAAGCGGGGGGAGACAGGGGAGGCCAGGGGGGGAGGAGCCGUGUCCCCCGUAGAGGGGAGGGCGGACGUGCAGGAGGGGGGGUCAGAGAGGUCAUCGCCCAUCGGUUGUCGUGGCGACCCUGUUGACAGAGAGGGCGCAAAGACCCCCAUCACCUACGACACGCCACACACCGUGAACCUUGACGCCUCCACCACCACCACCACCACCACCACUACCUCCACCUCCCUCCCCCCUCCCUCACCCUCCUCCUCCUCCUCCUCCUCCUCCUCCUCCUCCUCCUUAAUCUUCGGCGGUGCCAAGCUGUCAGAAGCCAGCGAGCGCGUCACGGCAGAUCAGAUAGAGGGAACUAGGACAGCGUCUCCGGUGGCUGAUGUCAUCAGAGCUGCCAGCGACGCACCGGAGCAGACGCCAGUCAGCCAGGCAGACGAGGCGAGCCGCGGGUCAGGACUCGACGCUUCCACCGAGAACGCCGUCCACCUGCCCUCCUUCCCCGCACGGACCGGCGAACCACAGGGGUCUCCAGCUACAGGCCAGGCCCCUGAUCUCCAGGACCUCCCCCCCUCCUCCUCCACCCAAACCUCAGGGUCACCUCCCAGGCCUGACCCCCACCCAGCACCCCAGCCCCUGCCGCCACCCCCACCCGUAGCAGACAUGCGCUCCUCCUACAGCGGGUCCCGCUACGUCAGUCGACACGGGAGCUACUCUGGUGAUGGAGACGGAGACCCCCACCCGGAGGGCACCGCCAACACCACCACCACCAGCAGCUCCGUCUCAGUCAACCCGUGGAGGAACAACUUCGAUGGGGUGUCCCAGUACAGGCCCACCUCCACCUACACCUCCUCCUCCACCAGCUCCUCCACCUUGUUCCCAGACUCACCUGACUCCUCUGUGCCGUCCUCCUCCUCCUCCUCCUCAUACUCUCUCCCCGAGGCAUCGGUCGACACACGAUAUCUUCCCCCCGCCCCCGCCCCCGUCUCCACCUCCUCCUUCACCCCCACCACCAACCCCCUGCAGACAUACGGUUCCCCAGGCAUCUGGCGGGGCGAAGGCAAGAGGAUUCUCUAUCUGAGAAGUGUGUCGACAGAAGAAGCAGUUGAAGAAGCAGGAGGAGGAGGAGGAGGAGGAGGCGGAGUAGGGAUAUCGAGGAGGUGGAGCCGUGACUGGGUGGAGCCAGAACCUGCUGCUGCACCUGUCAGAGAGGCAGAGGCGCGGACAGAGGAGAUAAAGGUGAACAGGGACACGGCUCACCUGGCAGUCAACCGUCUCUCCUCCUCGGAAUGUAACUCGGGCGUCGCCCUCGACGAAAGCACACGCCACUCACGGGCGGACGAGGACCCCUCGUCGGUUUACACCGGAGUCUUUACAGCCACGCGCGUGCACCUGAUCACCGAGCCCGCCGCCCCGGCCGCGCCCCCCGCCGACGAGGGCUCGCCCAUCCCCUACGAAAUGGAGGUGCUCAAGGACACCCUGAAGAGCAUGGGGCCCGGCCCCGGGAUCCAGAAGCAGAGGACCCUGCGCGGGGCCCCCUUUGGCUACUCCUCCCUGGCCCCCAUCGUGGAGGACACCCCGAGUCCCACCUCCCCCUCCGUCACCUCGGCCUCCUCCUCCUUCGACGCCACCGACUCCUCCGUCGCACCGGCGGGCCCCGAGGGGCUGAGCGGACGCAUCAGCCUGCCCCUGGACCUGGGCCUGGGUAACCCCGUCGGCUCCCGGUCGCCGCUGGACCUGAUGAAGCAGAGUCAGCAGGAUGCACUGCAGCAGAACGGUUCGUGGGGCCUCGGCCGGCCCCUGAGGGCCUCCGCCUCCAACAGCAUCGUCAUGAGGACGUCCCCCGAGGACCCUCCCCCGUCCCCCUCCUCCCACAACGGCAACGGCCUCCAGCAGUUCCCCGCCGGCAACUCGCGGCUGGACCACAGCGUCCUGUUCUCCAGCUACCGCCCGCCCUCCGUGGACACGCCCCCGGACCCGCUGGCCUCCCGCUCGCCGUUCCGCACCAGCUCGCUGCCCGACACCGGCAGCUCCUCCUACGACCGCGUCAGCAAGCCGGCGCGGGGCAACGGGGUCUUUGGAGGCCUCGGGGGUCUCGGGAGCGGCAACGCUGGCGGGUCGGACGCCGCCGCGCCGUCCUCCUACAACCGCUUCGCCUUCCUCCUGAACUCCAACCCCAACUCCGCCCCCGGCUCGGGGUCGCUGACCGGCGGCGAAGACGCGUACUCGCGCAUCAGCCAGGGGCCGCACUUCAACGGGACCCCCGCCAACUCGGGGCCCGGGAACUCCCCCCAGCGCCCCACCGGACUUCCGGACUUCCCUCGGACCGCCACCUCCUUCAGCGCCACCGCCACAGACAUGCCCUUCUCCAUGUUCACCCAGGGGCACGGGGCCAGUGGCAUGGGGCCCGGCGCGGGGGUCCCGGGGGCUCCCCAGCUGCAGAGGAGCUUCAGCAGCGAGGGGGGCAUGGGGGGCCAGCACCCGCCCUCGUCAAUGCUGUUCAACAACGUCCACGUGGGGUCCCACUUCCAGGUGCCCGAGCCCGCCGAGCCAGAGAAGCCGAUGGUCCCCAAGUACAGGGCCUUCCCCGACGCAUAUCUUACCAAGGAGAAAGAACAUGGAAAACUCAACCCUCGCCCAGGAAAGAUCUUCAUCUACGACCAGCCGGGUAUGUGCGGUCAGAGGAUCGAGGUGCGCAGCGACGUGGUGGACGCCACCGCCUGGGACCUGCAGGAGACCAUCUCUAUCAGGGUGGUGCGCGGAGGGUGGGUGAUGUACGAGAAGCCCAACUUCAAGGGGGAGAAGGUGGCCCUAGACGAGGGCGACCUGGAGCUCACCUGCCCCUUCAUGUGCCCUGAGGAGGAGGAGGUGGUGAAGGAGGUGCAGCCGGAGAGCGCCAAGCAGAACGGGGUCGAGGCUAACGGAGAGCAAAACGGCGAGCAGAACGGCUCGCCAGCCAGGAAGUUCAUCAUCGGCUCUCUGAGGAGAAGCGUCAGGGACUACAGCGUUCCGGAGAUCAGCCUGUUCCCGGAGGAGAACGCCGAGGGGAAGAAGGUGACGUUCCGGGACACGACCGAGGACGCCCGCAUCUUCGGCUUCCCUGUGAAGGCCACCUCCAUCAUCAUCAAUGCAGGCUUGUGGCUGGUGUAUGCGGAGCCCUUCUUCCAGGGCGUGCCACGGGUGCUGGAGGUGGGGGGGUUCAGCAACCCCGCGGCCUGGGGCGUGGAACAGCCCUACGUGGGCUCGCUGCACCCGCUCAAGAUAGGUGAACCAAGAGUGGAAACUAUUGACGAACCAAAGAUCAUUCUCUACGACAAGCCGUACUUCUCGGGUAAAUCCCGCACCAUCCACGGCUCCUUGAAGAACUUCAUGACGCGCACGGACAACCAGCAGACCGCCUUCAUGUACAACGCCGGCUCCCUCAAAGUCCAGGGGGGAAUCUGGGUGGGGUUCGAGAAGGAGGGGUUUCGCGGCCACCAGUACCUCCUGGAGGAAGGGGACUACCAGGACUGGCGGGUAUGGGGGGGCUGCAACGCAGAGAUGCGCUCCGUCAAGGUCAUCCGAGCGGACCUGACCGAGCCCAUGCUGGUGAUGUUCGAGCAGCCCGAGGAUGAGGAAGCGGAUGAGGAGAACAGCUUCGAGGUGACGGAGGCCAUCCCUGACGUAGCCACCUUCCAGUACAAGACCACCACCCGCUCCAUCAGCGUGCUGUCCGGGGCCUGGGUGGCCUACUCCCACGUGGACUUCUCUGGGAACCAGUACAUCCUGGAGAAAGGCUUCUACAACAACAGCGCUGACUGGGGGUCCGAGGACAACAUCAUCUGCUCCAUCCAGCCCAUCCUACUGGCUCCAUCUGAGGGUUCAAAGGCUAGGAAUGAGGUGGUGCUGUACUCUCAGCCAAACUUCAACGGGAACGUGGAGACCUUCAACCUGAACCAGCUGGUCGUCCCCGACAAGGUCCUGGUCAAGUCCUGCCGCACGCUGGGCGGAGGCUGGGUGCUGUACGAGGGUAAGGACUACACAGGGAACCAGUGCGUGCUGUCUGAAGGGGAGUACCCCAACCUGUUCAGCAUGGGCUGCCAGCCCAACUUCACCGUCUGUUCGCUGAGGGCCAUACCGCUGAUCUUCUCCAUGCCCUCCAUCUCCUUGUUCAGUCUUGAGUGUCUGGAGGGGAAGGAGAUCACGACGGACUUGGAGAUGUCCGACCUCAUAGCCCAGGGCUUCAACAACCACUUCCUGUCUGUCCGCGUCAACUCUGGCUGCUGGGUGCUGUGUGAGUACAGUCACUACAGGGGGCGCCAGUUCCUCCUGGAGCCCAUCGAGAUCACCAACUGGCCCAAGUUCAGCUCGCUGGAAACCGUGGGCUCCAUGUACCCCGUCCAACAUCGGCGGCGGUUCUUCCGCGUGAAGAACAAGGAGCACGGCAGCUUCCUGUGUCUGCACGGCGGCCUGGAGGAGAUGAAGCCCGGCCGCGUGGUGGUCGCUAAGGAGCCCGAGCACGGCAGCGACAUCUGGUUCUACGACGACGGCUUCAUCAAGAACAAGGUGGCAACCACCAUGAGUCUGCAGGUGAUGGGCACGGUGGAGGCGGGCUCCAAGGUGGUGCUCUGGACGGAGACCCGCCAGCCCCUGCAGACCUGGUCGGCGCCCAUGAAGGGCCGCAUCCCCAGCCUCACCUUCCCCGACAUGGUGCUGGACGUCAAAGGUGGAAAGUCUUACGACAAGGACUAUGUGGUGAUACUGCCAGAGAACGAAGAGCGAGCCAGCCAGCAUUGGCAGCUGGAGUUGCUAUAACAAUCUUAACUGCCACCAUUCACCAUCCCCUAAUCUCCAACCAUUUGAACAGUACAGACCAAACGGUAUCGUUCCGGAAUAUUCCCCAGACGUUCUCGAGAAACAUCCCCAUUGCCUUGCGCUAUGAUGUAAUGAAUUCCGGAUCAACGGUCUUCUGUGAACAGCCUUUCCAUGUGUGACUCUACAAGGGACCGUUGGGAAGACCGGGACGUCACUUUACCUCUGCAUCUUCAGCAUGUAUGAAGAUCUUCAUCUUCAUACAUGCUUCCAUCUCCACGUCAUUCCUUCAACUUACUACUGCUUCGAUGUAUUGAUACUGCUUCUACUCAAGCUGUAGCGAUAACACUCUACGAAGAUCACUUUAUGAAGAUCUUAAUGAGAACUGAGCUAGCUGCUGUUCAGGUCGGAACGGAGUCCUGCUGGGUAAUCCGAAGAAGUGAGAUGUUUGUGAGGAAGUGUCAUGCUCUGAAGUACUUCAACUUCAACCUUAACAGAACUGUAGUUGGCCGCCACCAUACAGAGAAAACGCACUGCUUCAGGUCACACCACUGCCAACGUAUGGAAAAACAGGUCAAAUUAGACAAAGGUCAAAAAGUAGAUUUGAAAAAGUGUAUUUUUGUGUGGAUGUGUUUUUGUAUGCUGUACAGAUUUCCACUGCUCCUCUUAUUUGUAACUGUGGUUCACUCUAUCUAUCUUCUCAACGGAAGUAUAAAUACACAUAUAUAAAGAAAUUAUAAAUAUAUUUACAAACUAGGCAGUAAAAGAUCAGACAACGGCCAAAGUGAAUCUGGGUGUUAAUCGAUUUUUCUGCUAAGAGUUCUAUGCAAAUCCCGUAACUUUGGGUACUUCACAGUUGAACCAAAUAGAGUUGUAGGUACUUUAACUCCGGGUGAACCUGUGUUUUUAAUACUUCACGUAUUUAACAAGAGCUAAAUUGGUACGGCUAUGAAUGAAGCCUUAAAUACUGUGGAUUGCCGUUUGAAAGUAUUUUUUAUAGUCUGUUUUUAUUUGGUCUUGGACGACUUUUGUCACAGGCACUGUAGUAGGACCACUGUAGUUCAGACAUUUUGCAAGGCCUCUUCUCCUGGGUUUUCUGAUCUCGUAGGUAUUUUCAGACUGUUUAAUUAAUUUGGAUGUAAAAGUCUGUUGUUUUGUUUUGUCAUUGUUUAAAACUGCUGUUUCAUACUAUAUAAAAUAUACAUAUGUGUAAAAUGUAAUAUAAGAGGGUGUGGUUUUACGGAAAAAAAUGAAUAAAAAUGUCUUAAAGAAUCUUAACUGAA